AUGGAAUGCCAUAUCCAAAACUCUAUGGAAAUUCCUUCUUGUUGUUUGAAGGCUAAGGUUUCAGUCCAUGAAGCUGAAGGAAAGUGCCAUUCUACUGUUGUAUCUGGAUGGUUCUCACAAUCUCAAUCUUCCUCUGGUAGAGUUGUUUAUUUCAACAAUCCAAUGUGGCCAGGAGAAGCACAUUCAAUCAAAGUAGAGAAAAUAUUGUACAAGGAAAAAUCAGAAUACCAAGAGGUUUUGGUUUUUGAGUCGUUAUCAUAUGGUAAAGUGCUAGUGCUUGAUGGAAUUGUUCAGUUGACCGAGAAAGAUGAAUGUGCUUACCAAGAGAUGAUAACUCAUCUUCCCCUUUGCUCUAUUGAGUCCCCCAAAACAGUUUUGGUUGUUGGUGGUGGAGAUGGUGGAGUUUUGAGGGAAAUAUGCCGACAUAGUUCUGUGACUCAUGUUGAUAUUUGCGAGAUAGAUAAAAUGGUUAUUGAUGUUUCUAAGAAGUAUUUUCCAGAGUUAGCGGUUGGAUUUGAAGAUCCUAGAGUGCACCUGCAUGUUGGUGAUGCUGUUGAAUUUCUUAGAUGUACUUCUGAAGGAAAGUAUGAUGCAAUAAUUGUUGAUUCUUCUGAUCCCGUGGGUCCUGGUGAGGAACUCGUAGAGAAGCCAUUUUUUAUGACAAUUGCUAAGGCAUUAAGGCCUGGUGGAGUGCUAUGUAAUAUGGCAGAAAGUAUGUGGCUUCAUACUCAUCUUAUUCAAGAUAUGAUAUCUAUCUGUAAACAAACAUUUUCUUCGGUAUCUUAUGCUUGGACAAGUGUUCCAACAUAUCCGAGUGGUUUGAUAGGCUUUAUACUAUGCUCAAAAGAGGGGUCAUCUGUUGAUUUUGUGAACCCUGUCAAUCCUAUUGAAAAAGUUGAAGGUGCUGCUAAACACAUAAGAGAACUUAGGUUCUAUAACUCAGAGAUGCACAAAGCUGCAUUUGCCUUGCCAGCAUUUUUGAAGAGGGAGGUGGGAUUGCUCAGUGCUCUGUGA